GUCCUGAAGCAAUAGGGCUAAUUUUGAAUGUUGACAUGAUCAUUUUGUGAAUUCCGACUCUGACUCCCGCUCUUACGGACACGAGGAGGAUGACAAACGGUGGUGGUGGUAACCAUAAUGACGGUGGUGUGGCUGUCUGUGUGUUUGUCCUCAGGGUGUGGCCUGUACCGCCAUGCUGGUGGCCGUCAUGACCAAGAAGCUGGCGCUGAACAAAGGAGAGAAACACGUGCACUUCUUCAUGAUGGACAUCCAGAUCUCCAAACGGAUCCGCCAUGCUGCUGCCAAUGUGCUGAGGGAGUGUUGGCUGCUGCACCGCACCAACCUGACCAGGGGAAACAGUGGAGAGCACCGCAGACACCAGAGGUGCCUACUGGAGGCCAUCAGAGUAUUCCGGCACCUGCGACUUAAACAAAGGAAGCUGAGAGAUUACGCCAGUGAGAUGGUCGACCUGCCCAAGAUGCAGAUGAUCAUGUGCGACUUGAGUGCCAACUGGAACAACUCGUACGCGGGAGCUGGAGCAGCGCAUCAUCUCCAUGGAGCAGAAGUUAGACCGAGCUGGGCCACUGCUUCCAACAGAACCUCUGAGUUGCUGGCACAGGCCCUGCGUCACCUCGCAACCCUGAAAUCAGGUGACUCGUGGCUGUGUGGUGGUGGUGGUUGGGUGAACCACACUCGCUGCAGGCCUUUCCCAAAGACUAAAGAUGGAUGCUACCAGCCUUCUGUAAUUUCCAUCAGACCGGGAUGGGAAUCCUCUUCCCCCCCAAAGCUGCAUUUAACAUUUGACCUGCGGCACCACUUGGACUACUGCCAGGACCAAUGCUGGCAUCGUCUUCUGACCCAGCGACUGAAUGGACCCUACACAACGACUCGUACUUGUAAAGACAAAAAAGAAAAAGGACUUAAUUUUACUACAGCGGGGUCUGAUAUAGAUGACUGGUGUAUUUUUAUCAGAUGUGUUUAAUGUACAAAGUAUUGCAUUAACAAUCUCAAUUAAGAACUACAGUAACACGGCCUCUGGUUCUGUAGCUUGUGUCAUCUCAGAGGGAGGGGCUCUAUGGGUUCACCCACUGAUGGCUCUGUAAAGUAUGUCCCCUAACUCCUGCUAUUAGUGUUACAAGUUACAUUGGAGUCACCUAAACAUAAUGCCUGGUUCCUAUGGAACAAGAGGUUUAAACAGCGUUUUUAAAUGUGAGGGAAACUUCUUUGAAUGCCACUCAGUAUUGACAGCCUCCCUCAAAGCGUCUUUCAAUUAUACCUUUUUCCACAAGUAAAACACAAUGGUUAUUCCACACAUUUUUCCUAACAGGAAGUAUAAAGCGGUGACAUCCUUAGAGGCACCAGUGUAUGAGACAACUGCCUUAUUACUAGAGAGAGCUGCUGGUCACUUUUAAAAUACACAUCUCUGUUCUCUAACUGUUAUAAUCCUCUCCAUUUUGUUAGAUUAGGAAAUAAAACAAUUUCUCUUCA